CUUCCUCUUUCAUUUCACAUACUAAAAACACCUCUCAAAUAUUGCCCUUCUAUUUAUUUCUGCUCGGCUGGCUUUUUAUUUUUAUUUUUUAUUUUUUAUUUUCCUCAACUGGACGGAGAGGAAGAGAGGCGAAAAAGAGAUAUCGCUCGCUGGCCUGUGACUCUGUUGGUGGUGGAAGAGUCCAUCGCGAAGCAAGUCAUUUGGAACAGCUAAGAUCUUCUAUCGGUUUAUCAUUUCUCUAAUAACUGAGAAUUAGAGAGACAUUUUCUGAUUCGGAGACUCUUAAUUUUUAGAGUUUUCUGUUGUAUUUUUCACCGGAUUCAUUUCUGGUUCGAUGAGAAAGGAGAUAGAUGAUUGAACCCUAGUUCUUACAGAGGAUAUCCCUGGCAAAAGUUCCAUGCUUUACAUGCUACAGCCUACAGCAUCAAGGCUGUUGUUUUGAUUAGAUUGGAGACCGUCUGUUGUAUCCAUUUCUCUGCAGAAUUCCUGAAUUGUUGAGUUAUGCUGGAUGAUGAUCCUUCUCAGUACAUGCCUAGUAUAAUGGUACUCGGAUGCAGAAUAUAUUAGUUGCUCAAGAUAUAUUGAAACCUUUUCUGCUAGAGUUACUUGUCUGUGAAACUAGUUGCUUUUUGUAUUUGGAUGUUUUGGCAUGAGAGGAGGAUAAAUGGAGAAGAUCAACUUGAUGGAAGAACUAGUUUCGUGGUCUUUUUUUUUUUUUUGAAUGGAAGGAAAAUGCUAUCAUGUUGAAAGAGAGCUCAUGUUAAUUUCGCUGUGACCUCCUUAUUUUUUACAAGUUAUUUAAGCGUUAUAAAAAUGCUAGAGUACAGAGGCUGUUGAUGAUGUGCUAUAAGACAGAACCAUGGCAUAUACAUCUGAGAAGAGGUAUCCAGUCAAUGCAAAAGAUUACAAGUUGUAUGAGGACGUUGGUGAUGGAGUCAGUGCUACUGUGUACAGAGCUCUCUGCAUUCCCUUUAAUGAAAUAGUUGCCAUUAAGGUUCUUGACCUGGAAAAAUGCAACAAUGAUUUGGAUGGUGUUCGUCGAGAGGUACAGACCAUGAUCUUGAUUGAUCACCCAAAUCUAUUAAAAGCACAUUGCUCUUUUCCUAAUGGCCCCAACCUUUGGGUUGUGAUGCCAUACAUGUCUGGGGGAUCAUGUCUUCAUAUAAUGAAAUCUGCUUAUCCUGAGGGUUUUGAGGAACCUGUUAUUGCUACACUGUUACGUGAGGUUCUUAAAGCUCUUGUUUAUCUCCACGCCCAUGGGCACAUCCAUAGAGAUGUUAAGGCUGGAAAUAUAUUAAUUGAUUCUAGUGGUGCUGUCAAGUUAGCAGACUUUGGAGUAUCAGCAUGCAUGUUUGAUACUGGGGAUAGACAACGCUCAAGGAACACUUUUGUUGGAACUCCAUGCUGGAUGGCCCCUGAGGUAAUGCAGCAAUUGCAUGGAUAUGACUUUAAAGCGGAUAUUUGGUCAUUUGGAAUAACGGCUCUUGAACUUGCUCAUGGUCAUGCCCCAUUUUCAAAGUACCCACCAAUGAAGGUGUUGCUGAUGACAUUACAGAAUGCACCACCGGGCCUUGACUAUGAAAGAGACAAGCGGUUCUCAAAGUCUUUCAAAGAGAUGGUGGCUGCUUGCUUAGUGAAGGAUCCAAAGAAGCGUCCUAGUUCAGAGAAGCUUUUGAAGCAUCCUUUCUUUAAACAUGCACGUUCAAAUGAGUAUCUUGCACGAACCAUUCUUGAUGGCCUUGCCCCACUGGGUGAACGUUUUAGAAUGCUGAAGGCAAAAGAGGCUGAUUUUCUUGCACAGAACAAGGUAUUGAAUGGAGAGCAAUUAUCGCAGCAAGAGUACAUACGAGGAAUCAGUGCAUGGAACUUUAAUCUGGAGGAUUUGAGAGCUCAAGCUGCUCUUAUUCAGGAUGAUGAUGGCAUUUCCAAUACGGAACAGCCAGAUGUGAGCAGCAAACAAAAUGAUGGAUACUAUGAUGCAAGUUCUGCAGCAGAGAAGCCAUCCCCUGAAACUGCCAGCCGUUCUAAUGAUGAACCUAUUCAAGAGGAUGGGCUCAAUGAUCUUCAGGAUGUGGAAAAUUCACUUGCUUCAUUUCCUAUCCGUCCUCUUCAAGCACUUAAAGGUUAUUUUGAUGUUCAUGAAGAUGAGAUUACCUCAAGUGGCCCAAACUGGAAAGAUUCUAUCCAAUCCAAUUCUGAUCAACAGUCUCAAGUGCAAUCACUAUCAAUGGUGGAGGACCAAGAAAUUAAAAAGUUUGAUGGUGAGAAUCUGGAAAAAGGUAGUCCUUUACCAAAUUAUAUGAUUCCUGGACGCCAGAAGUUCUUCAGUGGUUCAAUCCUACCAGACAAUGUUCUUUCUCAUAAAAAAGUUAAUGGGGAUGGGGACAGGGAUAAUGGACAUCUGAAAUAUCAACCUGAGCGGAAUUAUAGUGGGCAAUUAUAUCGUCAAAAGAGAGACAUGGAUAACCUUCCGUAUGUGGAUGAUGCAUCAGGAGCAGUCGUUCAACGCAAGGGUCGCUUUCAAGUAACCUCGGCAGAUCUCAGCCCCAAGAGUGCUUGUGCAAACUGCUCGGUUAACCCAGUCUCUGGGGUUUCAAGCAGUCUGGCGACACCUACUGUUUCAGCCGCUUCAGUUCUUCCAUCAUUGCAAUAUAUUUUGCAGCAGAAUACUAAGCAGAAGGAUCAAAUAAUUAAGUUGAUUAAAUAUGUGGAACAAUCAUCUGGCCAUCAAGCAGAGUAUUCUGAUGCUGGCAGUACUGAGCUCUUACAGUACAAAACCAGCGUAGGAGGAGAAAGAACCGAAAGGACCAGCCAGCCCUAUCAGAUAUCUCCAGCUUCUGCGAGGGAAAAAGAACUGCAGGCUCAAGUGAUUCAUCUGCAGCAAAGCGUUGAAGGUCUUGUUGAAGAGUUGCAGAGACUGAAGAUGAUAAAUGCUCAGAUAGAAAGGCAAUUGAUCUCUCUGAACAAGCAGGAUGCAAGGACUGAGAAAGAGCACGAGGAGCCGUCAUGAGACUCCCAACCUAUUUUGGUUUUCGGAGCUGAGAACCAUUGAUCAUGACUAGUUCGUGUCCUGGAAAAGUUUUCUGCAUCCCUGUGGUUUGCCAGCUAGAAGGGCAGUUGGAAUGCGGUAUAAGAAGCAAGGGGAUUGAAAAAUAGAAAGCAGUUAUGAGAAUCCCCAAGUCCCAACCCAUCUUUGUUCUUUCAUCGAAAAGAUCUUUUCUGGAAGUGGUUGAGGGAGUAAGUUGGCCUUCCCAGAGUCAUGCGAUCAUGCUUUAAUUGUAUUUUUAAUUGUACAAUAUUAUAAGAUAUAAGAUAUAUUUACCCCCUCCGAGACCCUGCAGCAGUGGGAGUCUUUUUUUUUUUAUAAGAUAUAAUAUAUGGAUGUGGGUGAAGAAUGCGCACCCAAAUUUUGAGAUGAUAUCUGUAUAUUUGGAAGUGCCGCAUAAAAUAUAUUUUGUAAUUCAAUGACUAAAUAUUGUAUUUUCAUGCCAAAUUUUGUAUUUAUGUUUUAUUUUGGUA